AUGGUUGCGGCAAAGAUUGAUGGCACUGCCAUUGCCAAAAGCAUCCGCGAGCGCCUCAAUGCCGAGAUCAAGCAGAAGCAAGAGAGCAACGAGCGCUACAGGCCCUCGCUGACCAUCAUCCAAGUCGGCGACCGCUCUGAUUCCUCCACCUAUGUGCGCAUGAAGCUCAAGGCCGCCGAAGAGGCCGGAAUCACUUGCAAGCUGGAGAAGUACGGUGACGACAUCACCGAGACGGAGCUCCUCGACAAGAUCACUCAGUUCAACAAUGACCCCUCCAUCCACGGCAUCCUCGUUCAAUUGCCCGUCCCCAAGCAUAUCUCCGAAUACAAUAUCACUUCCGCCGUUGCUGACGAGAAGGACGUCGACGGAUUCGGUGUCGCAAACAUUGGUGAGCUCGCGAAGCGGGGCGGUCGCCCUCUCUUCACGCCAUGCACGCCCAAGGGUGUCAUGGUUCUGCUGGAGAGAACCGGCGUGGACAUCAAGGGAAAGAACGCCGUCGUCAUUGGCCGCAGCGACAUUGUUGGCAGCCCGGUGAGCUAUCUGCUGAAAAACGCAGAUGCCACCGUUACCGUUUGCCACUCUAGGACUCAGAACCUGCCGGAGUUUGUCAAGCAAGCUGACAUUGUUGUCGCGGCUAUUGGCAAGGCUGGCUUCGUCAAGGGCGAAUGGAUCAAGCCUGGCGCUGUCGUCGUUGAUGUUGGCACCAACUACAUUCCUGACUCGACCAAGAAGUCUGGCCAGAAACUGGUUGGCGACGUGGUUUACGAGGAGGCCGUCGAGGUCGCCUCUCACAUUACGCCUGUUCCCGGUGGUGUCGGGCCUAUGACUGUCGCUAUGUUGCUUCAGAACGUGGUGGAUUCUGCCGACAACUAUUUCGACAAGCAGAAAGCGCGCCGCGUUGCGCCUCUGCCCCUCAAGCUCCAAGACCCCGUGCCCUCCGAUAUCGCUAUCUCUAGGGCACAGCACCCCAAGCUGAUCAGCAAGAUUGCGGAAGAAGUUGGCAUUGGCGCUCACGAACUUGAGCAAUAUGGUGCUUACAAGGCCAAGGUUGAUUUGGCUUUGUUAAAGCGCCUUGAGCACCGCCGCAAUGGACGGUAUGUCGUGGUUACGGGUAUCACUCCCACUCCGCUCGGUGAGGGCAAGUCCACCACCACUAUGGGUUUGACUCAGGCUCUGGCUGGCCAUGUUGGCCGUGUCUCUUUCGCCAAUGUCCGUCAGCCUUCCCAGGGCCCGACCUUCGGUAUUAAGGGCGGUGCGGCGGGCGGCGGAUACUCCCAGGUCAUCCCUAUGGAUGAGUUCAACUUGCACCUCACUGGCGACAUCCACGCCAUUACUGCUGCGAAUAACCUUCUUGCUGCUGCUAUCGAGACCAGGAUAUUCCACGAAAACACGCAGAAGGACGCCGCCCUGUACAGGCGUCUGGUACCGGCCAAGAAGGGUAAGAGGGAGUUUGCGCCUGUCAUGUUCCGCCGUCUCAAGAAGCUCGGCAUUGACAAGACCAACCCUGACGACCUCACCGAGGAGGAGAUCAGCCGUUUUGCUAGACUCGACAUUGACCCCGAGACUAUUACUUGGAGGCGAGUCCUUGACGUCAACGACAGGCACCUACGCGGCAUCACCAUUGGUCAGGCUGCCACGGAGAAGGGCCAGACCCGCGACACUGGCUUUGACAUCUCCGUCGCUUCUGAGUGCAUGGCUGUCCUCGCUCUGAGCAGUGACCUUGCCGACAUGCGCGAGCGCCUUGGCAGGAUGGUGGUUGCCAGUUCCCGCAGCGGCGAGCCCAUCACCUGCGACGACAUUGGUGCAGGAGGUGCUCUUACUGCUCUCAUGAAGGAUGCCAUCAAGCCCAACAUGAUGCAGACCCUCGAGGGCACUCCCGUUUUCGUGCACGCUGGCCCCUUCGCCAACAUCUCCAUCGGUGCUUCCUCUGUCAUUGCCGACAAGCUUGCACUCAAGCUUGCCGGUACCGAGCUCGACGAGGACCACAACGCUAAGACUGGUUUCGUUGUCACUGAGGCCGGCUUCGACUUUACCAUGGGCGGUGAGCGCUUCUUCAACAUCAAGUGCCGCGCCUCGGGUCUUGUCCCCGAUGUGGUAGUUGUCGUCGCCACUGUCCGCGCCCUCAAGGUCCAUGGCGGUGGUCCCGAGAUCACUCCUGGUGCCCAGCUUCCCGAGGUUUACCGCACUGAGAAUGUCGACAUUCUUCGCAAGGGUUGUGUGAACCUCAAGAAGCACAUCUCAAACGCCAAGCAGUUUGGUGUCCCCGUCGUUGUUGCCAUCAACAAGUUCGAGACCGACACCGACGCAGAGGUCGCCGUCAUCCGCGAGGAAGCUCUGGCUGCCGGUGCUGAGGACGCCAUUCCCGCCAAUCACUGGGCGAAGGGUGGUGCCGGUGCUGUCGAUCUUGCUAAGGGCGUUAUUGCCGCUUCCGAGAAGCCCAAGGACUUCAAGCUCCUCUAUGACCUCGAGGGCACUGUCCAGGAGCGUAUCGAGAAGAUCGGCAAGAUCAUGUACGGUGCUUCUGCCGUUGAGUUUAGCGAACUUGCGCAGAAGAAGGUCGAUACCUAUGUUAAGCAGGGCUUCGGCAACCUUCCGAUCUGCAUUGCCAAGACGCAAUACUCCCUCUCCCACGACCCGGCGCUCAAGGGCGCGCCAGAGGGCUUCACUAUUCCCAUUAGGGACGUCCGCAUGGCGGCUGGUGCAGGUUACCUUUAUGCCCUUGCCGCCGACAUCCAGACCAUUCCCGGUCUUCCUACCGCUCCUGGCUACCUGAACGUGGACGUUGACACGGAGACUGGUGAGAUCGACGGCCUCUUCUAG